GUAUGACAUGCCAAGUUUCAAGACUUGGUUUAUGAUUUGCCUUGGUUUCUGAGGGUUUCUUUUUUUUUGUCCAAUAAUGAAAGCCUACUUGUUUGCUGCUAAAUAAUUUUCGGACACCUCUCAUAUGGAUUUGUUUUCAUUCCGUGCUGCUGCUGAUUUGCAUUUUUAUCUCUAAAGAAACUCUGUUGGUGCCACCUAAUCGCUGUUGUCUCUGUCCACUGAUGAAAUUGUGAGAACUGCAAGUGCCGGAUGAUUAAACUGCCAUCAGAUGGCUGUUUGUCCAUGAUAUCAACUCAGUUUCUGAGGACUUCCUUUUUUUUCUCUUCUUUUGGGCAAGUCGUUGGGAUUUUGCAAAAGAUAUUUGAGGAAAAUACAAAGCCGCAUGUGAUUUAUACUUGUCUGUUGCACUUGCAGUCUUGCACGAAUGCAACGCUUCGUGUGUGCACUGAACAUGUUAUUUGUCCAAGAUUGAAAUUACACCCUCAGCAUCGCACCAUUUCACCCAGUUGCUGUCUAAAUCUGCAUUGGGCAAUCAUGAGAAGGAACUGAGUUAGAGGGGAGGUGAAGCGCAACCUCUCCAGAGAACUCUUGGCUUAUCAAUGGUCCGGAAUCAUCAAGCAAACCCCAUCAAAUGUGAAGCGUAACAAGAUAGGAUACCAUAGCAAUUUUCAUAGGACGAGCCGAUGAGCGGAGGUUGCUAUGCUGUCGUCGUCCAUGACCAUGAGCACGAGCUCGCUUGUGUCGUGGAGGCGACGGGCUCACAGGGUCGCGGCCGUGGACCAUGCAGAGUCUGGCUGGGUUGAAAAGCACGAAGCUGGUGCGUGGAGACGGCCAUGGUAGCUGUCCGUGGACUGUGGUAGACGGCUCGGAACCGUACGCAAACCAAACCGUCGAUGACCUCCAGAGCGGUUUGUUAUGGGCUGUUUCCAUGGGUUGUCCGAGUUUGAACCGGUACAGGGCUAUCCUGACGUUACUACAUUGGUCUCCCCUGUUACUUUGUGCUACUCGACGCAACUGAUCGAUCUAGGGCUACCAGGGGUUUGCCGUGCCCGCGCCGUGCGAGAUGGAGGCGAUCACGAGGAGGGAGGGGCUCCUCGUCGAGGAGAGAGUGGACGAUGCGAAGGCGGACGGCUGGUGGAACUGGAAGAAGACGGACAUGGUGCUUUUGGGGAAAGUGGCGACGGCGCUGCAUCUCAAGAAAAUUGACGAACUCGAUCAAGUGAAUCGAACGAGAAAGAUGGCGGCGAGGGAUCUUGAAGAUCAGGGGUUGGUGUCGUCGGAUGCUGAUGACGAGCAGUUGCCGAAUUUCGCAAGAGCUGGAUCGCUCGAUGGUCCGGCACCUACGGGUCAUUCGAUGACAUCACGAUCAUCGAUCCCAUGCGCUUCACACACGACCCUCCGCCCCCGUCUGCCCGGCCCUGCAAUACCCUGCAGGUUUAGGGUUGCAGCGACAAGAAGGGGCGUGCAGUGGCCGCUCCAUGUGUUCGGCAUGGUUGCCGUGCGCGACUCCGUCGAUCGAAACCGCAACAUUAUCUUCUACCGGACGAGGGACGAUUGCCAAACGCUUACUGAAAAGGAUCAGUGUUUAGUGCGUCGGGUCCUAGCCGUGCUGUCGUGUUGACUGACCCUGUGACCAUCGAGGUUGAGCUCAAAGUGAAGGGCAAUGUCGAAACCGAGGAUAAGGACUUGAGCUUGCUAGCUGUGCCAUUGACAUGCUC